AUGCCGGCGAAGCUUCGCAUUGAGCCUCCGCUCCUCAACGCCGCGUGCCCGUGGGCUUCCGACCUGACCUUCCUCCGCCCGUUGUGGAAGUCUCCCUCCACUGGAGCCAUUACGACCCGCACCUCGCUCGUGAACGGGUACCCGCACGACGAUGCCGUGAACACGUUCCUAUUCUACGACCCAUCAGACUCCACAUCCUCGACAUCUAGGGACCCGCCGGCGUUCCAGCCGUCCUCUGACAGCCUGACGGGCUCGCUGAACUGCUUCGGUCUCAGCCCGCACCCGCUCGCAUCUUAUCUCGACUUCAUCCGAGCACUGGCCAAGGAGCCGAGCGACAAGCUCAUCGUCGUGUCCGUCACGGGUGAGACGCCCGAGACGAACGCCGAGGCCGUCCGCCAAGUGAUCGCUUUCAGCAAGGAGGUGCCGCUCCGCCUUGCCGUCGAGAUCAACCUGUCGUGCCCGAAUGUGCCCGGCCGUCCGCCGCCAGCCUACGACGACGGCGAGCUGCGCGCCUUCCUCGCUGCCCUCCCCGACUCCUCGCCCAUCCCCAUCGGCCUCAAGACAACACCCUACACGCACCCGGGCCAGUUCAGGAUGCUCGUCAGCGCCGUCAAGGACAGCGGCAAGAUCUCCUUCAUCACGGCCGCGAACACGCUCGGCUCCUCCGUCGUCAUGACCCCCGAGGGACCCAUCUUGCCGUCCGAGGGCGGCUUCGGCGGCCUCGCUGGGCCUGCGAUCCACCCGCUCGCGCUCGGCAAUGUGGUCAGCUUGAGGAAGAUGUUUGACGAAGCUGGCGUCGAUAUCCAGAUCAUCGGCGUCGGAGGCGUCGGCGACGCGAACGGGUACAAGCGCAUGAGGGCUGCUGGGGCCGACUUUGUCGCGGUCGCGACCGCGCUCGGGAAGCAAGGGCCGAAGGUGUUCGACGACAUCAACGCGAAGCUUUAG